GGUCUAGGCUGUGGCGCUGCCGACUCAGAGGAGCGCCUCAUUAACUGGCUGCUAGGCGAGCACCGCUACAAUCCGCUCAUCCGCCCCGCGGUCAACCGGACCGAGAGGGUAACCGUGAAGCUGCAGGUGUCUCUGGCGCAGCUCAUCAGCGUAAAUGAAAGGGAGCAGAUCAUGACCACCAAUGUUUGGCUUACUCAGCACUGGGUAGACUACAGGUUAUCGUGGGACCCCGCCAAGUACGAAGGAAUCGACAAGCUGCGCAUUCCCUCCAGACACGUCUGGCUGCCUGAUAUUGUCCUCUAUAACAAUGCCGACGGGACGUACGAGGUGACAGUCUUCACCAACGUCAUUGUGCUCUCCAACGGCAGCAUUAACUGGCUCCCGCCCGCCAUCUACAAGAGCGCCUGCAAGAUCGAGGUCAAGCAUUUCCCCUUCGACCAGCAAAACUGCACCCUUAAAUUCCGCUCAUGGACCUACGACCACACCGAGAUCGACCUGAUGUUGAAAACGGAGGUGGCCAGCAUGGAUGACUUCACGCCCAGCGGCGAGUGGGACAUCCUGGCGCUGCCAGGCCGGCGGACGGUCAACCCGCUGGAUGCCACCUACGUGGACGUCACGUAUGACUUCAUCAUCAAGAGGAAGCCACUUUUCUACACAAUCAACCUGAUCAUUCCGUGUGUGCUGAUUACCUCUCUAGCCAUCCUGGUCUUCUACCUUCCCUCAGACUGCGGCGAGAAGAUGACCCUGUGCAUUUCCGUCUUGUUAGCCCUCACCGUCUUCCUGCUCCUGAUCUCCAAGAUCGUCCCCCCGACAUCUCUUGAUGUGCCGCUGAUCGGCAAGUACCUGAUGUUCACCAUGGUGCUGGUGACCUUCUCCAUCAUCACCAGCGUAUGCGUGCUCAACGUCCACCACCGUUCCCCCAGCACCCACACCAUGCCCCCCUGGGUCAAGCUCAUCUUUCUGGUCAAACUGCCGAGCUUGCUGUUCAUGAGACGCCCUCACAAUAACGCUGCCCUUCAUAGGCUGCGAAAACAGAGAUCGGGGAGGACAGUUCUGGGCUUGGGUUGCCCCGUCACAUCCAAAACUGGUUUUCCGCAGACGACCUCGGCCUUCCUGCCUUCAGACUCCACCUUCUCAACACCAGGACAUAAAAGUGCCCCCACUCUGGGCCUUAGGCACCCCAAUAAAGGCGAGUUGCGGUCUACGGAAUGCAUUCCUGGUGCUUCGGACCGCCAUCUUAGAAGCAAUUCAAACUUGGCUACAGACGUCCAAGAGGCAAUGAAUGGGGUGCGUUUUGUAGCGGACCACAUGAUGGCGGAAGAUGACGAUCAAAGUGUGGUCGAAGACUGGAAGUACGUGGCCAUGGUGGUGGAUCGCAUGUUCCUGUGGAUCUUCGUGAUUGUGUGCGUGGUGGGCACGCUGGGCUUGUUCCUCCAGCCCGUCUUUCAGAGUCAGGUGUCUCACCAACAUCAGCAGCCCACUUCUGAGAUGCCUCGCAUUUGAUCAGUGUGGGUUUUUCACCAUCUUUGUUCGGGAAGAAGUCGUCGCUAAUCUGCCGGACAACACGGAUUAAGGAUUAAACUCGAGUGAUCGUCUUUUUCUUUGUCUUUUUUUGUGACGAAGAAACUGCCUGAAUGAGUGUUUGUUAAAAGAAGAACACCAAACUGGUGCCUUGAGUUCCGAGGUUUAUUUCAUUCUGUGACCACAAUUGUUAAGGAAAACAUCCGUAGGCCAAAUCAUUUUCCUCCAUUUAAAUGAAUGGAAUUGCCAUUAAUUGGUUCCAGCCCCACAAUCUGCCAAACUGCUUCUUGUUGUGAAGUGAUUUAAGUUGAGUUUGUAGUCACCAUUUAGCGGUUGUAUCUAGAAUUUUUACUCAGAGCAAAGAAAUCAGUCGGGUCACUCAUAAAUCAAGGCACCGUUGUAUAAAGUACAUUGGAAGUUAUGCGAAGCAAGCGGACUCAUAUUCUCAUUUUUACACACACUUGUUAACUA